GGAGCGGGUGGGGGAGGAGGAGGAGAAGGACAACAACCAGGAAGUUAAAUAGAGGACGAAACGUAAUCGCUUCAACAAAGUGUCGACCCUCGACGUCUCUGAGGAGUUUUAUAAAGUUUUUAGGCAUCAGCGCUAAUUUUGAACGAAGCUGGUCCACUGGGUCUGGGGCGAGAGGCGUUGAGUCCAACAAGAUGGAAGUUGAUCCGGAACGGGGGGUGCAAGAGCCGCAGGACAAGGUGCAGGCCCUGAAGGAUCAGGUAGAUGGAGUGAAAAGCAUUAUGACACAGAAUGUUGACCGGAUCCUGGCACGAGGAGAGAGACUGGAUGACCUCAUGGACAAGUCUGAGGACCUUCAAGCAGGGGCUCAGAACUUCAAGCAGACUUCUCAGAAAGUGGCUCGCAACUACUGGUGGAAGAAUGUGAAACUGAUUGUGGUCAUUGUAGUGAUCGUCCUCAUCAUUGUCCUCAUCAUCAUCCUGCUGGCAACCGGCGUGAUCCCCAUCAGUAACCCAGUGCCUCCAAUAGUUAAUCCAACCACCCCCAAGCCAUAAAUGCACACAACAAUGUACAUACCAACAAACCAAAUGCAUAUUACACAAAGUAAAUUAAAAUCCAUAAACUAAAGCAGAUCAAUGUUACCUGGUGAAACUUCUAUCACUUCUAAAUGAGUUUUCUAGUGGUAUCUUUCAUGCUCAGACUGUAAUCCAAGAAUUAAUGCUUUAAAUUAAGUAGCUGUAAUGACGUCUCACUUUUUUAACUCUUUUCCAGCACAAUUCGGUCUGAGCAAUUUUUCACUUUGUGAAAAAAAAUGUACAAAAAUGUCACAACUGUUACUUUCAGAGGGUGCCUUUGUUAACCCUUAACAAUCCCUGUAAUCCAACAAUUUAUCCAUCAGUUUAGUUUAUCCUGACAGAGAGGAACUUACUAAAAGAGCUGAUGAACAGGGAUUUCUGUGGCCCUGUAGCUAAAAAUGAAGUUUGUUUUUAGUGUUAUCACUUUAACAUGCCGGCACUUUGUAAUGUUGAAAAGACAAAAAAAAAAUGAAGUUUCCUAGACGGGCAAUAUGAAAAAACCUAGAAAAAUGUUUUAACUCUAAAUAAGUUAAGGUUACAUGUUAAGGAAAGCUUGAUUGUGUAUAGGAUUUGUAUGUUACCACUUGUGGGUAUGUUACUUUUUAAGUUCUUCCUGCUUCUUUAUAGCCUAUGCAGUAGUAAGCAUUCCUCUGAAUCAUCUUUAAAUUUACUCACUAGUGAUGUAACGGUAUCAAAAUCUCACAGUAGGAUGCUACCCUGGUAACAAAUCCAUGGUUCAGUAUUUAUUGCGUUAUCAAAAACAAAACAAAGAAACAAAUGAAGACUUGAAAAAAAAUGCACUUUGAAUAUUACAAUAUCUGCACAAAAGUGCUGUAUGUUUGCAUUAGGCUCAAAAAUAUAUAUCAUUCUUUGGCUCCAGUGUGUAUUAACCUUCUAAAAACUUUGUUCUCCGUCACUGAAAAUAUCUUUAGGUCUUUGGUGAAAUAUUCACUGAUACACCUUGUGACCUGUUGAGCUCUUGCUCUGUUGUGUUGAAGGGGGAUUGUGGUGCUUCCUUAAGAGUCUUUUGUCCUGGCUGGAUUCUGCUCCUCACAUCUUAGCAAAUCUUUUCAAUGAUUUGCCAUGUGGCUUCUUCUGUUUCUCGUAUUCUCCAUCAAGUGUGUCACUGCAGUCUGGCCAUGUCUGCGUAUUGUUUUUUGUUGUGUCAGAUUUAAAAGUAAUUGGAGCCUCUGCAAUCUCACUCGGUUCUCUCUCUCCGCUGGUAGCAUUCACCAUUUUUAUGCUGUUAGAUAAAGCCAUCGAGUGGAGCACAAAGGAUUUUGGGUCCAUGAGGACCGAUGGUAGACGUAGUUCCCAUUUUCCCUUACAUUUUGCACCUGAAGGACGCAAUACUGUGAAAUUACCGAUACCGUUACAGCUCUAGUUCUCACUGCUAGCGCUGCUUUAGUUCCCUUGGAGGAGAAAAGGUGCCCGUUUGUCAUUGGUUAUAGAUAGAGACUAUUUUCACUUUUAUCUUUAAAUCAACAUCAUUGAUGUGGACCAGUAAGUUUGUGCUGCAGUCUAAACUGUGCAUUUCACUGAUAUUGUGCACAUUUUCUACAAUGUGUUUUAACUCCUGGAAUUUUGCAGUAAAGUCAAUGACAAGGUACUUGUAUCAUAAACAGCUCAGAAGAGGAUUAAAGCCAGAGGUGAGGAAAAAAAAAAUGCUGUGCACCAAAGAGAUUUAAGGUGAAAGGAUAAGAUCAAAGUCAAAAUGUCGAGAAUGAAGUUUAAAAAAUCAAGAAUAAUGUCAAAAUACAGUUUUGAGAAUAAAGUCAAAGCUUAUUACUGCAAACAGCAGCUCUCAGACGCUGGGUUUAUAAGCUUAAAAGAGGAAGAAUUUCUUUGUUAAAUCCAAAGUAUAGUUUCACAUGUUCAUUGAUGCUAAGUGUUUUAUAGAGACAGGCCAGAGUCACUGCUCUUGUAAUCGUUAGUACUGUUCGAAUAGGAUUAGUAUUUCCUGUUGACCACUGGUAAUUCAUAAAUUAUCCACUGAUAUCAGUUUUUGGUGUGGUGCGUUCACACCGGAUAAACAGAGUCAAUGUAAACAAAUUUACUGAAAUUUUUAAGGGAAAGCAUGAAGGUGCUGCAUGACAGCAGGAAUGAAAACACAUGGCAAAUUUUUAUUUUAUUCAGAAAUGCAAUGUUGUACACAUCAUGUUUGCAGCUGACAUAGUCUUAAUGUAACCUACACAAUUCUGUUAACUAGUUUCCAACAGAGAAUAUGUGCCAAAAUGUUUCUUUUUCUCCUUUUUUUAUUUUAUAAUUUGCAGGAAGCUGAUCAUGAUCAAUCAAUCUCUACUUUAAAGAUCCCGCUCUUUUAAUUUGGGAUCCUUAUGGACCAACAACAAUCUGCGCUUUGGAUAAACGAUGAUCCUAAAUUGAAAGGGCACCUAAUAACAUCGCCAGUAUCAGCAGCGUAAAACUGUAAAAAAAGACGAUAAAGGUUUAUAUUCAGCAUGAGACAUCUCACUUUUCCCAUGCAUUGACAGGAGGGAUAUAACAGCACUCGUUUCUCUUUUCCUCUUCCUUAUUGUCUGAUCGGCUCAGACAGUUCACACAGGGGACAGACUCGACCUCGAUGUGUAAUGGGAGAGCAAGGGGAGAUUGAUCACUGGUUUAUUGAUCAUGGACAGCUUGCUGGAAAUUAUAAAAUGCUUUCCUGCGGAAAUGUCAGUAAAUUUGUUUAACUUGACUUUGUUGAUUCCGUGGAAAUGCACCACACCAAACACUGAGGUCAACAGUUAAUACUAAUCCUGUGCGAAUAGUACUGAAGAUGAAGCCUUCUAUUGAUGAACAUGUGAAACGAUACUUUAACACCAAAAAGAUUCUUUUUCUUUUAGCUCAGAAACAAAGUAAGUUAUCUAAGAUCUGCUGUCUGUAGUAUUAAAAUUUGACUUCAUUUUCAAAUUCUGACUUUAUUUGUCUGUAAUGCUGAAGUGUACAGUAUUAUUUUUUCCUUUACCUCUGACCCUAAUCCUCCCCCUCUCCCACCAGGGUCAGCAGGUAAAGUCACUCCCACAGUUGUGUAUCAGGGAUUAGGAUUUUUCAGCCAUCCAGCUGAGAAGAUCCCCUACAGUCCCCCUUCAGAAACAAACAUCCAUUAUAACUGGACCUGCUGUCCUUCAAGCAUGACUGUAUGUGUUUGUACAUUUGAGCCUGGAGCAAUGAUUUUUGGGUAAUUCUCCCCUCACUUCUUGUUGCUGUUACUGUACUAGAUUAGCUUCCAGCUUUCAGAAAACCUUGUAGGAAACUGUAAAUAGUUAAUAUAUUCUCAACUGUGUAUAUAUUUGCCACAGCCUUUAAUCAACCUGUCGAUUAAAUUAUCUGUUCUUUUAGAGGAUAUUUAUUUAACACUUUAUAACAUUUGAGUUCUGUCUGUUGUUAGUUUAAAUUUAACCAAAGGACUCCUUAAUUUCUAAAUUAAAUUGGUAAUCUAGGCAGAUUAAUCAUAAAACGGUGCAGUUGAGUAACUGCUUAUAUCAUUUUCUGAAGAAGCAGUUCAGCUAGGCCAGGCUGGAGCAAAUUCUUUGUUUAUUAAACUCUAGUAAGUCUAAAUUCUCACUUUGAAUCCUCGAAGGGAUCCAUAAAAUAGUGACAGACCACAGUAGUAUUUUUCUACAUACAGGCUCCAGUGACAGCAGGCCUUUACUGUGUGUCGGGCUUUGUCCAGUCUCUUUGAAUUCUGAUGUCAUGUGAUGUACUUUAAUGAUCAGUAGGGUGUUAUUCUGUUGACUUAUGGUGUUCUUUUGGUUUUAAUGGUCUGAUAAGAAAUUAAAAAAACUACAGCUACA